AUGGAGAACCGAGCACGUUGCAGCGCGCCGUGCCAGCCAACACCUGAUCUGUCCGGCUGCCUGUCUGAGGACAUAAAGCUGGAGGGAGGGGAGGGGGCGCCCGCUAUCUUCACGCUCCUCGCUAUUGUGGUGGCAACGUCGCUGCUGAACGGCGACUUGGCAAACGGACACAGAGGAGACCGUCCAGGGUCAGGAUUAGAUCAGUCAGGGCCGAGGCAGAACGGCCAUGAGGAGGCACAUCCCCACCCUCACUCUGAAGAACUGGCAACACCAGUUGAACACUCCUCCUCCUCCAGAUCCACCGAAGGAGCCGCAGAGAGCCCAGGGAUCAACGAAAAAGUGGAAUCGAAUGCAAACAAUCCCUUGAGGUACCUUCCUGGAAAGGCGCGAUCCCACCACCUGGAGAUGAUGAUGUCCAAAGAUGAGCUGGAGGAGGAGCAGAGGGUGCAACGUGAGCAGCUGGCCGCCAUCUUCCAGCUGCUGAAAGACAACAAGGAGACAUUUGGGGAGGUGACGGAGGGAGACAUGGAGGAGCAGCUCAAACUCUACUCCAUCUGA